AAUUUCGAUUUAGUGAUCGGUGUUCAAUGUACGUCUUCACAUUGGUUUCAUUUUUUGUUGGAUGAAUUCACCGAACAAAAUUAAUUUUCGAAAAAAAAAAAUGACGACAUUAAUGGUGUUUAUACUUUGUUUUGGAACCAUUGCCGGAACAAUUUCAGAAUCACAACAACAAGCGUCAAGCAGCAAAGAGGCCAGACUACGUACUUUUUUAGAGACAAAUCAAACAUCAGAGGCUAUAAAACUCAUUGAAGAUGGUGCAAAUGUUAAUUUCAAGUAUGAAAACGGUGAAUAUCCAGUGUUUCCAAUUCAUUUGGCAGUUGAAAUUGGUAAUUUGGACAUAAUAAAAUGUCUUAUUGAGAAUGGAGUCGAAGUUAAUGCCAAGGACUACUUUAAUCGGCAAGGACUUCACAUUGCUUCAAGAAAUGCAAGAGAGGAUAUUGUAAAGAUUCUAAUUGAAAAUGGUGCCGAAGUGAAGAACAAUGGUGCCGAAUUACUACAUUGGGCUAUUAGUGGGGGCGAUUUGUCAAUUAUAAAAAUUCUCAUUCGAAAUGGAGCCGAGCUAAAUGACGAUCAACUAUUGCUUCGCGCAAUUGCAAAAGAUCGUGCGGAUAUCGUCGAAGCUCUCAUUACCAAUGGAGCAAAUAUUAAUACAAAAGCAUUACCAUUGCAUGCCGCCGUUCUCAAAGGAGACAUUCAGGUGAUAAGACUGAUUCUGGAGAAAGGUGUUGAGAACAUAGAUGCCAAAGACAAUUCAGGCACAGCACUUUAUUAUGCUGCCCUUAAUCCUUCAAUUUCAAACAAUCGAGAAAUAGCAAAAUUACUAAUUCAAUACGGAGCCAACAUAUUUGCCACAGGCACUGGCCAAUUUACAUUUUACCAGUGGGCCGAAAAGGACAACUUUUUCUUUGAGAAGCUCCAAGAAGCCAUGACCAAACAAGAGACUCAGAAAAAAACCAGACCUAAAUACUAA